AUGCUGAGAGAAGGGAUAUGUGAAUACCAUGAAAAAAACUAUGCUACUGCUCUAGAAACUUUUACAGAAGGACAAAAGUUAGACGGUGCUGAUGCCAAUUUUAUUGUCUGGAUUAAAAGAUGUCAAGAGGCACAGAAUGGUGAGUAUGGAUCAGAGUCUGAGGUGAUAACACUGUCAAAAAUUAAGUAUGAGUGGUACCAAACAGAAUCUCAAGUAACUGUAACACUUAUGAUUAAGAAUGUUCAGAAAAAUGAAGUAAAUGUGGAAUUUUCAGAAAAAGAGUUGUUUGCUUUGGUGAAACUUCCUUCUGGAGAGGAUUACAAUCUGAAACUGAGACUGCUUAAUCCUAUAAUACCAGAACAGCGUACAUUUAAAGUACUUUCUAUAAAUAUUGAAAUUAAAAUGAAAGAGGCAGAGACUGUGAGAUGGGAAAAGCCAGAGGGGCAAGAUGUGUCCACAUUCAGACAGUUCCUAGCAGGUGUAAAGAACCUAUAUCCAUCUUCACCUCAUUAUACAAGAAAUUGGGAUAAAUUGGUUGGUGAGAUCAAAGGAAAAGAGAAGAACAAGAAGUUGGAGGGAGAUGCAGCUUUAAAGAAGUUAUUUCAGCAGAUCUAUUUAGAUGGCUCUGAUGAAGUCAAACUUGCCAUGAACGAAUCAUUUAUGGAAUCUGGUGGUACAGUUUUGAGUACCAACUGGUCUAAUGUAGGUAAAAACAAAAGUUGA